AUGAAGCGUGCAGCGGCCGCUUUGCCAGUGUUUGCCAGCUGGGCGCUUGGACAAGAUACGCCAAUCUACCAGUACUCACCGGCCACGGUGCUUGGAUGCGAGUGCGUGUCUGAGUGCAAAGAAAGUCCUUUUGCCGGCUGCUUUGCAGCUCCGAUCUGCAAGGUCAAGGACAAGAAGUGCACCAAAGGCACUGCCUCCUGGAGCUUGCCAUUGGGCAGCCAUGAUUAUUGUUCCUUUCCGGAAUACAAGCCCUAUGAAGAGCUGACGGGGCAGCAGAAGCAAAAGUUGCUUUGGAACCGCAUCAGCCAGAACACGACGGCCGGCCGGUAUCCUGCCGCGCUGUCAGUGCUCACUGGCCUCAUGGGGGAGAGCGUUCAGGUGUCUUUCGAGUCGCAGUCAGACAUCUUCCCAGGCUCCCGCAUCAAGUACAUCCACAGCGUCGGGGCAGUCGCGCCCAUCAACUGGGAGUCGCUGACUUCAAAGUAUGGCGGCCUCUUCGGCUCUGGGUCGGAGAAUGGCUUCGUUCGCUUCUCCUCCGCUGCGGAGCCGGGCAAAUCCGGCUUCACACCAGGAAUUGGCCUGAAGCUUUUGCGCGACGGGCGCACUAGCUCCAACUUUGUUGCUAUGCCCAGCCUGGAUGGCCAACCAUGCGAGGAGAGCAACUUCUUCUCUCGUGACUUCACUACUCACAUCAAGCCACCCAGCAACUUUGGCUUGAAGUUGAUUGCACAGAAGUUCUGGCAGGCUUCUUACUGCCCCUUGAUGGUGGGCACCUCAGACUUUGCAGAUGGUCAGAAGGGCAAGUUCCCCUUCGAGCUGGUGUUGCGUCCCGUAGUGAAGGUGGAGUGCCCCUGUGAGGAUUAUGCCCAGUGCCUUAAGAAUCUCGAGUCCGAUUUGAUGCCCGGGCAGGCGGUCUUUGACGUGUAUGCGAUAGAGAAGCCAGGAGCGGCCGAAGAAUUGAUCGGAAAGAUUCGCAUCGGGGAACAUGCCCCAACAACCACGACCUUCGGCGAUGAGCAGCUGUUUUUCAAGCAUCAAUACAUGGAGGAUGACUUCCAGCUGCAGCCAGAGUGGCUUGAUGCAAUCGACUCAAAGGAGGAAUGUGGCAUGAAGGGUGUAACAACCACACCGCCCAAGGCGGAAAAAGGUUGUCAUUCACCCUUUGAUGGCAUGCUCCAGACUGACCACGAGGUCAUCGUCUGA